CCACAGCCAUGCCAGGGCCCCUCUGGCAACCAGCAUCCAUUCGGGAACUCAGGAGUCUGCUUCAGCCGGGCAUUACCACUCCUCCUGCUCCACAGCUGCCACUGGGUGCACACUGCCGACCUAUUAUUGCACAGCUACUUCUGGGUCGCUCUCCUGCUUCCACAAUUAGCGUGUCACCAUAUGCAUGGUACCCUCGGCACGAGCUGACCAUUCACAUGUUUCUUUCAUCAACGAAACUCUCGAUUUCACUAUUUCAUGGCCGACCAUUUAGUCAAACCCAUCAAACUGACCGCACUGCCACAUGCUGCCCUCUAGCGGCAUCCAAGUAA